UCCCACCGAUAAGGAGCCGGCCUUCGGGUGGGAACAUUUUCUGCCCCCAGGAUGGCUUCUCAGUCAUGGGCGAGAUUUGUGGCAGCAAAGCUAAAGCUUCACCUGCAAUGCUGCAGAGUUCUGGGCCAGCAGCCAAGAAAACAUGCCAACACUUAUGCCUCAUAGUCCUCCAUAUGGUGGGAAAAGUUUCCUGGACCGGAGCAGUGAAAUAACCCCAGAAGUGUUGACAUCGUUUGAUUUCACGGCUGGACUUUGAUGCUCAAACCCAUCCAAGGAUGAAUAAAAACGGGAAGGUGACAGAAAUCCACUCCAGGAUAAGGAAGGAGCCGUUCACCGCUAAUUACGAGCUGCUGGGCAAAGAACUGGGCAGGGGAAAGUUUGCAGUGGUGAAGAAGUGCACCGAGAAGGCCACAGGGAAGCAAUACGCUGCCAAGUUCCUGCGAAAGCGGAGGAAGGGAGAGGACUGCCGCAUGGACAUCAUGAACGAGAUUGCCGUGCUGGAGUCCGCCAAGGCGAACCCUUAUGUGGUGGCGCUGCACGAGGUCUACGAAACCACCUCUGAAAUCAUCCUCGUCUUGGAGUGCGCUGCUGGCGGUGAAAUCUUCAACCAAUGCGUGGCCGAUAACGACGAGGCCUUCACAGAGAAAGACGUGAUCCGGCUGGCCAAGCAGAUCCUGACGGGCGUGGCUUUCCUUCAUCGAAACAAUGUGGUGCAUCUGGAUCUAAAACCCCAGAAUAUCUUGUUGACCAGCGCCAGGCCUCUGGGUGACAUCCGUAUUGUUGACUUUGGCUUGUCCAGACGUAUGGACAACGUCAGGGAGGUCAGGGAGAUCUUAGGUACUCCAGAGUACGUGGCACCAGAAGUUCUGAGCUAUGAACCCAUCAGCACAGCUACAGACAUGUGGAGCAUCGGGGUUCUGACUUACGUCAUGCUGACGGGCGAGUCCCCCUUUCUGGGGGACGAAAAGCAGCAGACGUUCCUGAACAUUUCCCAGGUCAACGUAGACUACUCGCAGGACACAUUCGAGGGGAUCUCCUCCCUGGCAGUUGACUUUAUCAAGUCCUUGUUGGUAAAAAACCCCAGGAAGAGAGCCACUGCAGAAGACUGCCUCCGUCACCCCUGGUUGAACUCGCACCAGCACCUCCACAUGAGACCCGCCUCCUCCCUGGACGAGCCGGAGAUGAGCCAGUCCGAGUCGGAGCCCGAAAGCCCCGCUCUGUCCCCGGAUCUGGACCUGAUCGAGUCGUAUCUCAUGUGCCCGGGGCAGGGCGAGCUGAAGGCGGGGCGCGACGCCUUCUGCUUCAACGAGACCCAAUUCCCCACGAGACCCGACCUGAAGCAGGAGCUGAUCUGCUGACCAACGUGUCACGAGCGAGGACUGGACGUAGAACUCAGCGAAAGCGAUGCUGAAAAGCCAGCGAGCCUGGCUGUACUGCUGUGAUGCCUGUGACCUGAGCUGGGUGUGGCUUCAUACAGGUGCAUGUGACUGUAUUCUCAUUUCUGUGCUCAUUCGAAUAAUUGCACAAGAAGAAAAUGGAAGUCGUGGGAGAGGACUCGCCGAGGUUUUUGAUGUCCAACUGCACUGCUGCAUUGAAAGUAACAGAAGCGUACUGUACUGGGCUCUGCUUAACGCUGCAGCUGUUCACUCCUGCACUGGUGUCUUCAUGCCAAAAGAACUGGGAGCUUUCUGCGAGGAAAUGACUUCACUUAUCUAAACAAAUUACGCUUCAGCUGACCCAUGCAUACUGUCUACGAGGAGUGUCAUUCAAGACGGUGAAGGUUCUUCCGUUCAAAAAAGGAAAUGCAACAGAAAGAUGUUUAAUUAAUUAUUCACUGUUUUAUGUCUAUUUAUGCGUGUGUUGUAUCACCUCAACCCCUUAAAUAUUAUAAAGCCACGUUCAAAGUUCAAGAUUUGAUGUAGUAGCAUUCUUUUUAAAGAAAAUCUUCAGCACUUUUUUUACUUUGUUGUUUGACUUGUGUGUGAUUUAAAAAAAAAAAAAUGCUCAUUUAACAAAGUCGGCCAUCACACGAUGUACUGUUUAUAACACCUGAUGUUUUCUCAUACGUGCCACCUAUUUUGUGCCACUUCGUCAACCUCACUUUUAUAUAUCUUUAAUUUUUUUUCACUUUUUUUUGGUUUGUUAUUGCACAAGUUGCACAUUAUGUUUUGUACUUAACUGCGAGGUUGCCUCUGGGUUUAUUUUCUUUAAAUGCCACAACAUUUUUAGGAGAAGAUUCUUUUUUUUUGUGGAUUUGUUGUAAAAAAAAAAAAACGUAAUAAGACAUGGUUGACUGAUGGCUCAGAUUCGUGCAAAUAUGUGAAAGAAUUUCCUCGAUGAUUUUUGAGAGCAGAGAAAUGGUAUUUCUGAAAUCUAUUUAGUGCAUUAGAGUAAGAAUUUAGCCUAAAUUUUAUUCUGUGUGAGAUCAUUCUUUAGACGAAUAUAUGUCAACAUCCUUAUAUCAUUUUGUACGGCAACUUUUACCUAUUUCAGUUGUAUUCUGCUCUUGAAUUUCUGGAAGGUUUGCACUUGUCCUUGUGGACUUUGUUAAAUAAAUGUUGAUGGCAUGCAUUGCAAAACGUAACAGAAAAAUACAUGUGCUUUUGUAUUGAA